AUUUUUGGCGUUGAUGUGUGUUUAGGUGACUCCAAAGCACCAUUGAAGAGACAUUCCAACUCACUUUCGCAAUCACUCGACAAUGAAUUACUUAAAGACUCCUCCUCGUCCUUAAUCUCCUCCAGAACGGCGGGCGCCGACCGGUUCAAAAGCCCGUAACUCCGUCCUGGCAACUCUUCACUGAAACUUCGGACUUUCCUCGGUGAUAAACACGCCACCUCCUUUGAAUACUGAUGCUUAACCACGUCCUUCACGUCUUUGAAUAAAUUCCGGCUAACUCUCGGCGAGUUCUUGGUGUACAGUGGCGAUUGUUUGAUGCUUUUAUCCGGGGUUGUCUUCUCCUGGUAAUUGGACGAUAAGUUCCCGGCUUUGCUACAAUCCGAGUUUUUGGCAAUUUGUUCGGCCACAUUUUUGGGAAUCGGUGGUGAGGUUUCAAUGUCGGAAAAGCCGGAGUCUUGGCUUCCGGGGCUUCCGGAAAUUUCACGCCAUUCGAGGCUUUCGCUGGCCCACCAGACUUUACUGGGGCUCCGUUUGAAAUCGCUCAUGGCUCUGAAAAAUCAGAUGAUACGCGUUGACGAAAGUGAUCCGGUUGGCGAAGUUCAACUCAGUUUUCCGUACAGAAACGUACAAAUACAACGAGGUGUUGAUCCCAAGGAACUGUACGAGUUGGAAUCGGAAAUUGGACGCGGGAAAUUCGGGACGGUUUACAAAUGUCGCGAAAAAGCCACCGGUCUGUCCCUAGCCGCGAAAUUUAUCGCCGUCCCUAAGAAAGAAGACCGCAGAAACGUCGAACGAGAGGUAGACAUUAUGAAGACAUUGCAACAUCCGAGGCUCAUUCAACUUUACGACGCUUUCGAAAACGGGAAAGUCAUGUGUGUGAUUUUAGAACUAAUCGAAGGGGGGGAACUUUUUGAGAGAGUCAUUGAUGAUGAUUUUGUGCUAACUGAGAAGAGUUGCACGGUUUUCAUGCGCCAGAUUUGCGAAGGCGUCGAUUUUAUCCACAAACAGAGAAUCCUACACUUGGACAUGAAGCCCGAAAACAUCCUUUGCCUCACAAGGACCGGCAACCGAAUCAAAAUUAUCGAUUUCGGGUUAGCCCGACGUUUCGACCCCGAUAAAAAGCUUCAAGUUUUGUUUGGUACUCCCGAGUUUGUGGCCCCCGAAGUUGUGAAUUUUGACCAAAUCGGGUUUGGGACCGACAUGUGGUCCGUUGGUGUCAUUUGCUACGUUUUGUUGUCUGGUCUCUCCCCGUUUAUGGGGGCCACGGACGUUGAGACCAUGGCAAAUGUCACCAUCGCCAAAUACGAUUUUGACGAUGAAGCCUUCCAGGAGAUUUCCGAUACUGCCAAGGACUUUAUCCAGAAACUGCUCAAAAAGGAUCUCAAUCAGAGAAUGUCAGCGGAAGAAUGCUUGAACCAUGAGUGGUUGAAACGAAAAAAGUCGCUAGUAUCAAGAUCCCCGUCCAUGGAUGUGACCAAAGACAAUUUAAGACAGUUUGUCGAACGCUGGAACGAGCAUCCGAACUCCCCUUACGUUUUCGAAGUGCCUUCACAAAUUAUAGCCCCCACGUGUAGCGGAGGCCUCCACUUAUCCGACUCUUUGCACUCUUUAGUCGGCAUGUCGCCCUCACCUUGCGGCUCAUUGGCGUCGUCGCCAGGCUCUGAUAACGCAUUUUUCCCCAACAACGACCUCCUGAUGCCCCCAAGUGUGGACCAUUUCAGACGAUCCUCGGACAGUACGUGUAUUUUGAAGGGCCCAGAUGUUGCCGAAAGAAUAAACCUUGCCGAAGAAAUACGAAAACUGUCCGACAAACUAUUCCAACUCUCCAACAUGUCGACGUCUGUCACAAACGACUCCUUCGACGAGCUCUCCUUGCCCACAAUCACCCCCAAAAAGGUUAUUACCAAAGAACCAACAACAAAUCAUUCCCCUGUCGAGAGGAGUAUCCCGAUCAAAAUCGAACCAAAACUCCCACGAGACCACCCCGAGAGCCCCAACUGCGGGGUCCCGUGGCGACGCACCAAAUACCGCCUGAACCACAUGAGCAGGGACGUGCCCCUCAUAGCCAAAAACUCGCCUAGUUUACAAUUCGAGAAAAGUUUCGAGACUUCGAGUAUAGACAGUACCAAAAAUCUCCUCUUGAGACUGCUAGAACAAUGGGAUGGGCCCCAUGGCCCCGUGCGGCCCAACGCAAGACAUGGCUCUAUUUCCACAGAAUGGAGUGAAAGUGACACUCUCGGCCAGAGAUCGAUCAGCUCAUUAAACAAUUUUUUCCAGUCAAGAGCCACCAGUAAAAAAAUUACAACGUUUCAUAAUCAUAAUCAAUAAUUUAUUCUUCUGUCACUAACGCUUGCAUUUUAUUUUGGCUGUUUUUGCUUUCAAGCCGAACUUGGGGCUUUCGGUGACACGUUUUGUUGGAUGUUGUCUUUGUAUUGUUUGCUUGUGACUGGUUUUUGUAAAAGGUUCUGUUUUGAGGUGUAAACAGAAUCUGGUUCAAAUCGAUGUUGAGCUUAGAAACUUAGUGAAAAUACGCAUUUUUGAUGUUUUAUUGGGACCAGCGGAGCUACUAUUAUGUUGAACACUAUGUAUCUCAUCGUUAAAAUAAAAAAGCCAAACGUU